CGGCGACGGCGGCUGCACCACCUCGUUGCUGCCGGCCGCGGGCACGGGCACCUCCCGCACUGCCCCCCCCCCCACUCCCGCUAGAGUUCGGCUUCGUCACCCGGUGGCGGGGGUGGGUGGUGGUGGUGCCUUUCCUCCGGUCCCGAGCAUCCUCCCGUUGCCAGCCAACAACAACAACAAAGCCCUCCCGUGUCGUCCCGUCACCGGGGAGGGAAGCGGGCGGGAGUGUGUGUGUGUGUGUGUGUGUGUGUGUGUGUGUGUGUCGGGGGGGGAACCAUGUCCCAACGGGUGAGGCGCAAUGGGUCCCCCACACCGGCCGGCACCCUCGGGAGUGGUACGGUCGCCACAACCGGGGGACCUGGCAUCGGCCGCCUGCAGCCGAUGAGGGCGACGGUUCCGUUCCAGCUGAAGCAGCAGCAGCAACAUGGCAGCCCCACGCGGAGCGGCAACGGCGGUGGCAACAACAACGGCGGCUGCAGCGGAGGCGCCUCAGGCCUCUCCGGCGGCGGCGGUAGCGGCGGCCCGCGCACCGCGUCGCGCAGCACGAGCCCCACGCGCGGCGGCGGCGGCGGCGGCGGUGGCACGGCGGCGCGCAGCAGCCCCACGGUGGCCACGCAGACGGGCGCGUCCGCGACGUCCACUCGAGGCACCAGCCCCACGCGCGGCACGGCGCCCGGGGCUCGCGGAAGCCCUCCGAGGCCGCCGCCGCCUCCGCCUCUGCUGGGCACGGUGUCGUCGUCGUCGCCAAGCUCAUCGCCCACCCACCUGUGGACCCACGGUGAGGUGAGCGCGGCCCCACCCCCGGCCCGCGUCCGCCACCGGAGGAGGUCCCCCGAGCAGCGCCGCCCCUCCCCGGAGAAGAGGAGCCCGAGCGCCCCGCUUUGCAAAGCAGGUGACAAAACACACCCACCUUCCUCAAGCCCCUCCAGUAUUAUCCGUCGCACUUCCUCCCUGGACACACUUGCAGCCCCGUACCUUGCUGGGCACUGGCCUCGUGACAGUCGUGGGCAAGCUGCACCUUGCAUGAGAGACAAGGCUACACAAACUGAGAGUGCAUGGGCUGAAGAAUAUGCUGAAAAGAAAAAAGGGUCUCACAAGCGGUCAGCGUCCUGGGGCAGUACGGAUCAACUUAAAGAGAUUGCAAAAUUACGCCAGCAGUUGCAGAGAAGUAAACAUAGCAGUCGUCAUCAUCGAGAUAAAGAAAGGCAGUCUCCAUUCCAUGGCAACCAUGCAGCUAUUAACCAGUGUCAGGCUCCGGUUCCAAAGAGUACGCUCAUUCCAGUAAUUCCCAUCACCAAGUCAACAGGUUCUAAGUUCCGGAAUAGUGUGGAAGGACUGAAUCAAGAGAUUGAAAUAAUUAUUAAAGAAACUGGAGAAAAGGACGAGCAACUUAUACCACAAGAUAUUCCCGAUGGCCACCGCGCACCACCCCCCCUGGCGCAGAGAAGCAGCAGCACGCGCAGCGUUGACACGCAGACCCCGGGCGGGGCAGACAGGGGCAGCGACAGCAGCCGCUCCCAGUCCGUGUCCCCCACGUCCUUCCUCACCAUCUCCAACGAAGGCAGCGAGGAAAGUCCUUGUUCAGCUGAUGACCUGCUUGUUGAUCCCAGGGAUAAAGAGAAUGGAAACAACUCUCCUUUGCCAAAAUAUGCAACUUCACCAAAACCUAAUAACAGUUACAUGUUCAAAAGGGAACCUCCCGAGGGCUGUGAAAGAGUCAAAGUCUUUGAGGAAUGCUCGCCAAAACAGCUUCAUGAAAUCCCAGCCUUUUACUGUCCUGACAAAAACAAGGUGAAUUUCAUUCCUAAAAGUGGCUCAGCUUUCUGCCUCGUCAGUAUCCUCAAGCCACUCCUCCCCACACCGGAUCUUACUCUCAAGGGCUCCAGUCACAGCCUGACAGUCACCACUGGUGUGACAACCACUCUACUUCAGCCCAUCACUAUGGCCUCCUUGUCUACAAACACAGAGCAAGAGCGAGUCUCUCGGGGAACCAGUACAGUCCUGCCGUCCGCCUCCCUACACCCACCACCAGAACCAAUUGAGGAAGCGGAAGGAUAGGUCUGGGUGCAUGUGGCCCUGCUUCCUGGAAACCGAGAACCUCCUCAGAUCCCUUGACUAUGAUAGUAUCGUGUCCUCCCGGUUGGUCAUGAUAUGCUUCAGCUUUCCAGUGACGUGUGACAGCGAGGCUUCUGGAAGAAUGCAGCCCCUUUACUCUGCCUCACUCACAAAGGCCAACCCUCAGUGCUUAACUUGCUGCUGCUUCAAGCACUGGUCAAAAAAAGUAAGGUUGCAUUCUUUACUUGUGGAGGAACAAAAUCACAUUGUUUUUGUUUGUUUGUUUGCUUGUUUGUUUUCAAAUUAGACUUGGUUUAAAAAACAAACAAACACAAAACCUGAUCCCUGUAAACAUGAUUCCUGAAGGGAGGUGGUUGAUGCUGCAAGAACCAUCUUUUAUAUGAAAAUGACUUUUUAUAAUACCAAUGUUACAUUUUCUGAACGUAGCAAACAGGAUGUUCAGAAGACUCUGGUGGCCUCUGUUUCUUGUUUCCCUUUCUAGAUGUGCUAUUCUCAGCUGUUGUCAGCUUCGGGACCAAAGGGAUGUUGACAUUUUCCCAGCAAUGUUAAUCUCAUGACUGUGUUCUCCCAAAUAAGAAUUGAUAGGUAAAUGCAUUGAACAAGUAUAUAUAAAAAGAGAUACAAAGCAAUAUUCGUACAUUAUGUGAUUUAUGUUUUUUGAUGUCAAAAGUUUGUGCUUUGGGUGAAAUAUUUGUAAAACUGCUGUUAUCUGCACUACUCCUGUACACAUUUCACCAUAUGGUCAGAAAAAUUAAGUCUGAAGACAAGUGCUUUAAUACAUUCUCACCCAUAUUGGAACUUGGUUUAAAAGUCAGUAAGCCAAAAGGAAACUCUGAAGUGUUGAUUGCUCGCUAGGAGUAAGGAGCCCUUUGGUUUUCUGUGAAAUGUGUAUCACGUGCCCUCCUUUGCCAGGUGUCAUUUUACCUCUAAUCAUCACUGUAUCAUAGCCCCAAGAGACCCUAAAAAGGCUGUGCAUGGAUUUCCUCCUUCGCUUUUGUGAUGUUGUUGUCUUGUGGACUUGGUCGGGGUUAGUAGUUUGCAGGAGUGUGUAAUCCAUUGAAUAGCGACCGAUAGCCACAGAAUCUUGAGACGGACUUUUCCUUUACAGUGGUUGCCUACAGAUUUUGCUAGUUGCUUCUCCAUUAUUCCACACAUUGGGGAAAAUAGUUGAGAAGAUCUUGGGAGUAUAAACAGCAGGCACCUUUGAAAAAGCCACACAGUUUUAGAUUUGGGCUCAUCCUAAUAACCACUGCCAAUAUCACAUGACAGUAUUGAAUUUCUGGGCAUGUGGUAAUAGAAUUAAGGAGCAGCUCUUUUGAAACUAAUUUCAGCAGUGUUGGUUAAAACAGCGUCUUUUUAAUACCUUCAUAUACUAUAUUAUGGUGCAAUAAUUUAUUGUUCCUACAUAUAGGUAGAAAACAGUUUAAAGCCCUUAUAAAAGGGCUUUUGAAGGUAAAUUAUGUCAGCUUGUCCAGACAGACUCCAUCAAGGAAAACCUAGGCGUAGCAAUAAAUCUUCUGAAAGAUCGUACGUCCUUUAAAACAUGUGUAGGCAUUUUAAAAUAUUCUGUUUAGUUUUAUAUGAGGAUAUAUUUAGGUAAAUCACAUAGAUUCAAAUAAUUUGAAUGAAUCGGUCAGGUUUUAGUUGGUAGGACUGAUAAACUUUGGUACCUUUUCCAUCUAAAACUUAAUUUAAUGGGAACUAGUACAUUGCAGCUUCUAAGUCAGUAAAAGCUCAGUUAUUUGGGGGUCAAAAUUUUUGCGAGUACCUUGAUUCUUUGCCACAUUACAGCUUGACUGUACUGUACGAGCUUUGUCAGAGGUACAGACGGCAAGGCAAACCGAAGUCAGGUCGAGUGUGUGGGAACGCCACAGGAGGUGGUCAGCAGCAAGGUUUUGUGCAGGUUCUUUUUUAAGACCCAGUUGCGGUGUUUUGUUUUUAACUUGGAUUGAGUCUGUGGGCUUGUUUUCUUGUUUUUUUCCUUUGUCUUACACUUCAUUUCCUGUCUUAUCUCCAUCCCCACCAAUCACAAGGGCAUUUUACUCAAGUGUUACUUUGUAAGAGAUUUUCUUUAUUAUGUUGUACACAUUUGUCAAAUUCACAUGUUGGAGAGUUUCAUAUGUCCUUAAAGUAACUGAAAAUCAGAAUGGAACAAGUUUCAAAUUUAUUAUCUACAAUCUUGUAUGUGGAACUUUUUAGUCUAAUGUGUGGCUUUAAGGAGAAUGUGAAUUUGCAGGUAAAUUAAAUGUAUGGCAACCAGACAUAUCCCUUGGGUUAUGGAGAAGUAGAACCUGAGAUUUGAAAGAAGGGAAAAAAAGGUCUAAGGUGCAAAACAACUCAAAUGCCAAGGCCAAAGGGCUAAUUUUUAAGCAUAUAAGCUUUAUCACAGUCUUAAAAAAAUAUUAACCAUAGGUCCAUCUAGCCAUUUUAUUUAAUGCUUAGUUCUCAAAUUUUUUUUUUAAGUGGGUCUACUCUUGAUAGAAUACAUAUUAUAUCCUAAAAUAACACUCCAUAAUUACUAUGUUAUUCUGUAGAAAGCUGUACAGAAGGUAUAUAGAAUAGCUUCAAUGGGAAUAUAAUUUAAUUUUUUUCCAGUGCUGGGGAUCAAACCCAGGGCCUCAUGCAUGCUAAGCGAGUGCCAUCUAUUUCCCCAGCCCUUAAUUUAAAUUUUUAAUUAAAAAAUGUACUUCCAUUGCAGUAAAAGUAGGCGGUGCCGGGUGUGGUGGUGCAUGCCUUUAAUCCUAGCACUGGGAGGCAGAGGUAGAGGAUCACUAUGAGCUCACGGCCAACCUGAGGCUACAUAGUGAAUUCCAGGUAAGUCUAGGCUAGAGCGAGACCCUACCUCAAAACACCAAAAAGAAGAAAAGAAAGAAAAGAGGAUGGCAUGUAUCUUUUGGCCAAAGGAGCUGUUUUCUAGUUAUUUGUCAAUCUUAGUUAUUCUCUGCCCAUAAGUAGUUUCUUACUUGUAAUGGUAAAACUUGCAAAUUUCCUUUUUUAUAUGAUAAGUCUAUUACUUAUCAUUGCUUUUGUGGGCGAAUGUUUAAAAAAUAGUGGGUUUGCCUUCUUUGGUUAAAUGUGGUGUGAAUGCCAAAAAAUUAGUUUUGAACCAGAUUUUUCAUUUUGUUUACAAUAUUUCUUACACUUAGGACCAUGACCAAAUCACUUCUAGAAGGUGCUAUUGUUAACUGGGGAAUAUCUGGCAACAAUGAAAGGCUGCUUUUUUUUUUUUAAUAGCUUUCACUGGAAGGUUUAAAAAACAAAAGGCAGAAUUAAUAGCCUUCUCUCUGUCCAGGAUUAGGAAUAGGAUGUCAGAAUUUUAAGGAAAAUAAAGAGAAAUUGCCACUAUUCGGUUUACUGUUCUAACCUUCAGAUUCAUUCCUUAUGUUGGGUUUUGGUAUGUCAAAACUGGACCAGUGGAAAUGCUAAAUUCGCAAAAUCAAGCUAAGAAUACUUGCCUCCGCACUUUAAGGUUUAUGUUUUACUCUGCCUCAAUUUAAGCAGAGUAGCCCUAAACAAUUUUUGUUUAUACAGUCCUAUUGAAGAAUAUAUAAUUUAUGUUUUUUAAACUGCAUCUUUUGUCUCUGUUGAAGCUGUGUAAAUCUUUUUUUAAAAAGUAAUUUUUUAAAACAAUUUGUUUUCUAGCAAAAUUCUCCCUGUGCAGACAUCAUUUCCAGUGGUAAAAGUAUUGCUACUAUGUACUUAUGUACUCCCUGAACCUGAACACUUACUGCUGCCUCACAAGAAAAUAGAACUUUUAUGUUAAAAAUAAAGUCUGUUCUUCUUGA